AUGAAUUCUGACUUGAUGGGCUUUCUUGGCGCGUUUUGCAAGGGACUUGUGGGUGAAGUACUUAGCACUGUGAAGAACAACAAGGACCCUGUGGAUGAUUCCGGAACGGAGAACGACAAACCGGCAGUAUAUCCAACGACUACGGGCAAUUCGUAUAAUAACAAUUGGUUCAACUUGACGACUACUUCGCCGGCUAGCACGUCUAAUUUGACCCCACCGCCGGCAGCUAUAGACAAUGCUUCAGCGUACAAGUCGGUCAUAUCCGUUUCGGCAUCCAAUAACACCAGUUCAAUGGGCGGAAGCGCCAUCGCAGGAAUUGUGGUUGGUGUAGCGUGCCUCGUGUUCAUUGUUGCUGCAUUUGUGACUAUGAAGCGGAAGCGUGCGGCGAGUCAGCACUUUAACAUGAACAAACUAUCGUCAGCAUUCGAACAAUCUCGAGCCCUGCAUCUUACUUCGUCCAAAUUAGCACCUCCUUCGGGGGUAUUUGAACGAUUCAACAGCGGUCGCAACGUGACUGAAGACCUUCACAUGAGUAACAGCUUCAAGCUCACGGAUGUGGAUGUAUUCACAAGGCAGCAAAUGAGCAUAGGUGGCAUUUGGGACGACCCAGUACUUGUUGCUGCUCGAAUUCCUUACAAGAAAGUCCAAAUUCAGGAACUUAUUGCUCGCGGCGGCUUUGGUCAAGUCUUUCUAGCGGCGUACAAUGGCCAGACUGUGGCUGUGAAGACGUUGCUACCAGAGACGGCCGAUGAUAUGGACGAGGUCAAUGCACUGUUUGCAGAAGCUAAAGUCAUGGCAACGCUGGAGCAUCCUUGCAUUAUCAACUUCAUUGGAAUUGCUUGGGAAUCUUUCAGUUCUAUUUGCUGCGUGACGGAGUAUAUGGUUGGUGGCGAUCUGCGUGCUCUACUAAACCACUUUUUGAUGAAUAAGACGCGACCUCAAGGCUUCGACCAUGACAAGGUUAAGAUCGCAAGUGAUAUUGUACACGGCUUGACGUAUCUCCACUCGAUGGAGCCGAAUAUCCUUCACCGCGACCUCAAAUCUCGAAACGUGCUGCUGAAUUCGCAGCUAAACGCGAAGCUCACGGACUUUGGCGUAUCUCGAGAGCGCUCAGACGGAAUGAUGACGAACGCAGUCGGAACUUCCCUCUGGAUGGCGCCCGAAGUUAUGCUGGGAAGCCAUUACGACGGCAAAGCUGACGUCUUUUCUUUUGGCAUCUUGCUGAGUGAACUUGACACGCACUUGAUGCCGUACGCUAACGUCCGAAACGCCAGUGGACGCAAACCUUCAGAGACUACCAUCUUGCGAAAAGUGGCUGCCGGUAAACUUCAGGUCGAGUUCUCGCGUGCUUGUCUACCGGAGCUAUUGGAACUAGCUAAAGCUUGCAUUUCCGUGAACCCCAAGGACCGCCCGACAGCUAGGGACGCGCUAACAAGACUGGAAACUGCACUUACGUCCUUUGAAGCGGAAGAGGUGGCGUUGUAA